AUGGGCGACGAAAUGCACAAUCAGACACUUCAAGAAGUCCUCGAUGUAGAAACAUAUAUGGAAGAGAUAAAGGUAUUUUUCGAAAGUUCUUCAACAAAGUCUUAUAUUCGAUUUCCAGACCGUUGAUUAUAUUCCGAAACGAAGUGCAAAUGCUGGAGCAAGAUUUAUCUGUCCUUAUGGAUGUAGUAAACUAAUAGCAUUAAGAACUAUAGAUUAUCAUAAAAACAAUGGGGUUUGUCGAAUUCUCGUGGUGUAUAUUUUUAAUUUGUUAAUUUUAGUGUGGCCGUCAAACAAAUGAUUCGCUCAAUGCUCACCCAGAUUUGAAGAAACGUUAUUAUUGUUGUGGAGUUUGUUACGCCGAAUUUGUCACACGAAUUGAGUUCCACGCACAUUUGAAAUUCGAUCAUGAUGUGCAUCCAGAAGUUCAUCAAUUAUCAUUCAAAGAUCGUCAAUUGUUUGAUGUAAGUUUUUGAAACUUUCAUCCAAUUUUUCAUCAUGGAAAUUCAGCGCUUCGUUCGAUGGAUUGAACAAGAAGGCGGAGCACAUUUUCGACACAAAUCCGGCGCAAAAAGACGAGGAAGAGGAAAAGGAAUAUUCAUGGCUUGUAAUCGAAGUGGAUACGUCAAUUCAGCAGCCGAAAAAAUAAAACCAGAUCGUACUGGACCUUUCAGGCUUGGUUAUUCGUGUUGCGCAUAUAUUCAUGCCACAGAACACGAUGAUGGGUGAGUGAAUAUUUCAAUUAUUGUAAAUAUAUUUUUUUAAAUUUAGAACGGUUUCUGCUGAAGUUUGCUGUGAUCAUUAUGGGCAUGAUGCUCGAAUGCGGCUUCCAAAUGUACGUUGAAAUUUUCUUGAGUGUAAAAAACAUUAUUUUUUUAGAUAAUUAAAUAUAUAAUUGCUCACAAGCAAUUGGAUGGUGAACAACCUCAAGAAAUUAUCGGAUAUCUUCGUCGACAUUUCAUGAAUUUCUCCCACGAAAAUAUUUACGCGCAACGAAUUUGUUUUGUCGAUAUUGAAGAGCUCAAGGCAAUAUAUUCAGCAAGCACAAAACGAUGGGAACAAGCAGGAAUUCCACAAAAAUGUGAAGUUUGGGAAGAGGAGUUGCUCGAUCAAGCUGGAAUUGUGAGAGAAGGUGUGCCACGAUUAAGAGAAUAUACUGAGAAAACGACAUCGCAAUUAGCAAAUGAUGAAAAUUGGCCAAGGCCACGUGUAUUUGUCGCAAAAAUCAGAUCUAAUGAGGGAGUUUUAGUUCCAUUAGAAGUUCGAAAUGAGAUGUUACAACAAACAAUGCAAGAUCCUGCUGAAUAUGAUGCUGUUCACAAUCAUCAACAUCAUAAUGAAUCACAAUAUGUUGAUAUUGAAAUGGAUGAAUAUGUUGAAGAAAGUUAUGAACAUCAAAAUUAUGCCGGAGAUGAUAGAAAAGUUCAACGUACCGAAGAUGUUUUCGAACCAAAUAAUGGACAAUUAUUGUGAGUUUAAUAGAAAUUAGAAAUGAAAUAAAUGUGAACAUAAUUUUUAUUUAAAAUUGCUACGUGAUAGGUCACGCUUUAAUUCAUUUUAUUAAUUGAAGUUUUCUCAUCAUACAUGUUUUACCCCUGGAUUUAUCCAGGGUUGCGGUCUUACUAACUCCGAAAAAAAUUUGAGGUCCUACUAACUUUUUUUUUGAAAAUCGAUUUUUUUGAAAAUUUUUUUAAUUAGUUAUCAUCAUAAAGUUUUGAACAUGAAAUAAUUUUUCGAUUUCAAAAUUGCUCUAGAUUAUGUCACAAGGUCCACUCUUACUCAUUAUCCAAAAUAAAUGCUUUUUCUGAAAGAUCUAGUGAGACCGCCGGCCCAAAAACUAUCGAAAAUCUACUUUUUUCAUCAAUACACCACUUUUAUCAUCAUAAAGUGUUGAACGAAAUUUGGUUUUUGUAUCUGAAAAUCAUUCUAGGUUAUGUUACAAGGUCCCCUCUUAGGUAUUAUGCAAAAUAAAACCCCUUUCUAAGAAGUCUACUGAGACCGCCGGCCCAAAAACUAUCGAAAAUCUACUUUUUUCAUCAAUACACCACUUCUAUCAUCAUAAAGUGUUAAACCAAAAUUGAUUUUAGCAUCUGAAAAUCGUUCUAGGUUAUGCCACAAGGUCUAUUCUUAAUUAUUAUCCAGAAUAAAUGCCCUUUCUGAAAGGUCUACUGAGACCGCCGGGCACUUAUAUAAAAAUCUGGAUAAAAUCCAGGGUAACCCUGGAUAAAAUCCAGUGGUCUCAACUAUUUUCCCCAUGCAGCAUUAUUUAUCAAUUUCAUAGUUCAAUAUACCUCAAUAGGACCUCUAGACACACUGUGCAAAUUUUCAAGUGAAAAUAUUAAUUUUGACAUACUUUUCUAGGUUUUGAGUUUUCUGGUAAUAACCAAUUUUCAACAUUUUCGAAUGGAAAAAAGUAUUUUAUCGUAUUUAUUCAUUGAAGAUAAGCUUUUAUAUUGUAUAAGGUCUAAAGAAUUCGUAUUUCAAUUUACAAUUCAAUCCAUGAUUUUCUUCUAUAUUUUUUUGAAUAAUUGAAUGUAAAAUACAAAAAUGUAAUUUACUGUUUGUGUUUUUUCUAUCUCUCAAACGCAUCCUAUUCAAAUGAGAAAAACAGCAUGCGGGUUAUGUGGGCACACAUAGCGCAGUGGUAGAGCGCUGAGUUAGGGACCCAAUGGUAGCUACCAUAGGGUUCGAGUUCACAUACUGGAAACGUGUUGCAAAAUUUUUCAAUUUUUUUCGAAAAAAAAAAAUUUUUUUAGUGUGGGAGGCUUUUGCCCCCACACUAACGGUCUCACUAACUUUGAAAAUUUUUAUUUGAGGUCUCGCUAACUGUAGGGGUCGAUCCAGGCAGAAAAACAUGUAUGUUUCUCAUUUCUGCAAAAAUAUUUGAAUUUCAAUUUUUCAGAGAUGAAGAUGAAGUUGAAGUUGAAGCAGAAACCGAGGUGGAAACCAGUUCAACAGUUCAACAACAACUUCUAAAUCGAGAUGAAGACGAUUUAUUAGUUCAAUGUGAGUUGAAUGUAAAUUACCCGAAAAUUGGAAGUUCGUUGAAACCCAUGAAAAUUCUGACUAUUUUUCAUAGUAAAAAAAUUAGACAAUUCUGAAAAUUCAGAAAAUUUCUGCUUAUUCUUCAAAAAAUCCACUUUUCAGCUCCAUCUCACGAAGUUGUAAUAGUAGAUGAUAUGAAAAUGAGUGGAAUGAAUCUACAUCAACAAGCAGGACCAUCGGAAAAAUGUGUAGUCGAAACACUUCCACAAAGUUAUUAUGAUUCCACUGUUGAUCGACUUUUGGAUGAAAUUGAACGAUUCAAAUUGACCAUAUUGGUAAGUGUUUUUCAAUUAAUAUGAAAUGCCAUAUAAAACCCUUUUUUCAGAAAAAAGGGGAUACUGUUUCUCCGGCGAAUUUGCGUUCAAUUUUGGUGCGUUUCCAAAGUUUGCACAAUUCGAUUCUUGAUAAGCAGCCGACUGAUGGUAAUAUGGCUGUUCCGAUUUUCCCGAAUAGUGCUAGAAUGACUUAUCGACCGGGAAAAGGUGAGAAAUUUAUGAAAAAUUGAGAUUUUCAUGAUAAAAAUGUACCUAAUUUUUUAAAAGGUCUUCGAAUUUUUUUUCUCGUGUGACAUGAAAAAAACGUAUUUGAAUCAAGUCAAAAAAUGCCUUAUCCAGGCCUCGAAAAACCGGACACCCAAUAUAUGAAUUUGCGAGGCGGUGAUGUCACACUUUUACCAAUCGAAGAUGAAAUGAGCGAUGACGAGGGUUUGGCUGAAAAUACGGUGCUCUUCAAUUCAAAUAUUUGGAGCUGA